AGUAGCGUGUCAUCUUCAUCUCCAUCAUGGCCCUCUCUGCUGUUGCCACCGCCGUUUCCGCCUCGCGCCUGGCGCUGCGCUCGACCGUCCGCAGCGUCGUUGCACGUCGCACCAUGUUCCAGGAUACCGUCUCUGAUCUGACCGAAGAUCAGGAGGAGAUGCGCCGCACGGUGCGCGACUUUGUCAACAAGGAGCUGGCUCCCUAUGCGGAUCAAAUCGACCGCGACAAUGGUUGGGAUCAAUUGCGUCCCUUCUGGCAAAAGCUGGGUGACAUGGGUCUCCUGGGCGUGACGGCGCCCGCCGAGUAUGGCGGCUCAGAGCUUGGCUACACCGAGCACGUCUUGGCCAUGGAGGAGCUGUCUCGCGCCUCAGGCGCCAUCGCCCUCUCCUAUGGUGCUCACAGCAACCUCUGCGUCAACCAGAUUGUGCGCAACGGCAACGCCGAGCAAAAGGCCAAGUAUCUGCCCAAGCUGAUCUCAGGCGAGCACAUUGGUGCGCUGGCCAUGUCCGAGCCUGGCUCGGGAUCUGAUGUCGUGUCCAUGCGCCUCAAGGCCGAGGACAAGGGGGACCACUACGUCCUCAACGGCAACAAGUUCUGGAUCACCAACGGCCCGGAUGCCGACGUCCUCGUGGUUUACGCCAAAACCGACAUGGCUGCCCACCAGCGUGGUAUCACUGCUUUCCUCAUUGAGCGUGACUUUGAGGGCUUCAGCUCGGCCCAGAAACUCGACAAGCUCGGCAUGCGUGGCUCCAACACCUGCGAACUCGUGUUCGAAAACUGCAAGGUCCCCAAGGAGAAUGUCCUCGGCGAGGUCAACAAGGGUGUCUACGUUCUCAUGAGUGGCCUCGAUCUCGAGCGCCUUGUUCUGUCGGGCGGCCCCCUUGGUCUCAUGCAGGCAGCCAUGGACAUUACCCUCGAUUACGUGCACACCCGCGAGCAGUUUGGUCAGCGCAUUGGUGAAUUUCAGUUGAUGCAAGGCAAGCUGGCGGACAUGUACACUCGCCUGACUGCCAACCGCGCAUACGUCUACAGUGUGGCAAAGAAGUGCGACCAGGGUCGCGCCGACCCCAAGGAUUGUGCUGGUGUGAUUCUCUACUCGGCCGAAGCAGCCACCCAAGUGGCGCUCGAUGCCAUCCAGUGCCUUGGCGGCAACGGUUACAUCAACGAUUACCCCACCGGCCGCAUCCUUCGUGAUGCCAAGCUUUACGAGAUUGGCGCUGGUACCUCCGAGGUCCGCCGCCUCAUCAUUGGCCGCGCCUUUAACAACAUGUACAAGUAAACACACUUUCCCUCCCACGUCAUGCUCCACGAAUUCAGGCACCACUCUCGCACCGCAGCAGAAGCAAUGUUGUGUUUGCCGUGCGACCGUCUCUGAGUCGAGUGGCGCGACAGUCGAAUCUAAGCAAAUUUU